AUGGGAUUUUUGAGUGGCGUGCUUGGUGCGGUGAAAGAUGAUCCAAGCGUUAAGACAUACACUUUGAUAACUGAACUUGACCUUAAUAAAAUUUUAGAUAAUAUGCAUAAUGGUGUUUAUGGAUUUGGUGUUUGCAUAGACCAUGUGAUGCGUGUACUUCAUGACUAUGUUGCCGAGUUGAAUAAGCGGACUGAGGCAGUUAAUUCUAAAUUAGCAACCUUGAGAGACGAUAAAAUAAGCGCAAAAAUAACAGAAAUAGAUGCCACUCAAAACCUAGAAAAACAGUUGCAGCGCUGGCAGUCGACUGUUGACGGUAUAUCAUCAACGGUCACUGAAAUUGAAAACGAUGUUGAUACCUUAGACAUCGCAUUAAAAAUGAAAAUAACACGCGAAAUGAAUCAGAUUGCAGGGGCAGUACAUGUUUUAAAAAAUACUGCAUUCGGCGCAAAAUUUGCGGAGCAGGCAAAGAGGGUGGACGAUGAGUUACGUAAGCAAAAGAAACGUCUUCAGAACGACAUAAAUAGACAGAGUGAGAACGUCAAAUAUAUGUUAGAGCAGAAAUUCACGAUGAUAUUAGACGGAAUUCAUGAGCUUAAUAAAACAAGGAAAGAUCGUUUUAAAAUAAUAAAUGGGCUCCUGGAAGAAGCGUUGAAGCAGGCUGGCAGAUUGGACGUAGAUUACAAAUCGUACAUAACGUUUUAUUUCGAUACCAUUAGGAAUGCGGUUGAGGAAAUUCAUAGAAAUUUAAAAUCCAACACGUUGGCAAUGAGCAAUUUGGCAGCUUUUGCUCAUGAAGAGUUUGAUGCGAUACGCAAAGGUGUUCAAAAAAACGGAACAACUGAGACGAAUGAGGAAAGUAUAGAGAAUAAAUGGGAGGCGUUGCAGGCGCACAUUCGUAAGCUUGUUGACGGAAUAUACGUAGAGAGUGAACAAGCAAGCAAUCUCGGUAAUAUCGAAAAGAAAGUCAAGGAUUAUGCCAAAACGUUUGAAGGAGAAAGUUUCAAGGCAAAGGUUGAACAAUGGUUGGAAGACGUUUUCAAAUCCGGAGAACCAGUAUAUUCGUCGAUUGAUGCAUAUGCGCAUACUAACGUGACUAAAAGCUAUUUUCGUUCAAAUGGUCAAUUGAAGGCAACGCAAAAUGUGAUAAAACACAUCAGAGAUACUAUUAACGAAAGACUGCAAUUAGUUAUCACCGGCGUCACUAAAGUACAGAACACCGAAGGCUCCGAUAUCCAC